GCUGAGCAUACUUCAUCUGUUAUAUUACCUCAGUGUUGGAAACUGUUUGCUGAAGAAGACCACACAAAGCCUGUGACCACCGGAACCGUGGGAGACUCAAGAUGCAUUGUGAACGAUUUAUAUGCAUCCUAAGAAUAAUUGGAACAACCCUCUUCGGAGUGUCCCUCCUACUAGGAAUUACGGCUGCUUAUAUCGUAGGGUAUCAGUUUAUCCAAACAGACAAUUACUACUUCUCUUUUGGACUGUACGGUGCAAUCUUAGCCCUCCACCUCCUUAUCCAAAGCCUCUUCGCUUACUUAGAGCACAGGAAAAUGAAACGUUCCCUGGAGACCCCUAUAAAACUGAACAAGUCCGUCGCCCUAUGUAUUGCUGCAUAUCAAGAGGAUCCUGACUACUUACGAAAAUGUUUACUAUCCGUCAAACGGCUAACCUACCCCGGAAUGAAAGUCAUCAUGGUCAUCGACGGCAACUCCGAAGACGACGUCUACAUGAUGGAUACUUUUAGCGAGAUCAUGGGCAGCGACCUAAGCGCCACUUACAUCUGGAAAAAUAACUUCCACGAAAAGGGCCCCGGGGAGACGGAGCAAUCGCACAAAGAGAGCAUGCAACACGUUACACAAUUGGUGCUCAGCAACCGAUACACUUGCAUCAUGCAGAAGUGGAAUGGGAAGAGAGAAGUGAUGUACACGGCAUUCAAAGCACUGGGGAGAAGCGUGGAUUAUGUGCAGGUCUGUGACUCUGACACUGUGCUUGAUCCAGCAUCAUCUGUGGAGAUGGUGAAGGUUUUGGAGGAAGAUAUAAUGGUUGGAGGUGUUGGAGGAGAUGUACAGAUUUUAAACAAAUAUGACUCAUGGAUCUCCUUCUUGAGUAGUGUGAGAUACUGGAUGGCUUUCAACAUCGAGAGAGCUUGUCAGUCCUACUUUGGGUGUGUACAGUGCAUAAGUGGACCUCUCGGAAUGUAUAGAAAUUCACUACUACAUGAAUUUAUAGAAGAUUGGUACAAUCAAGAAUUUAUGGGCUCCCAGUGUAGCUUUGGAGAUGACAGGCAUCUAACUAACCGGGUCUUGAGUCUUGGCUUUGCAACCAAAUAUACAGCACGGUCUAAGUGCCUUACGGAAACACCUACUGAGUAUCUAAGGUGGCUUAACCAGCAGACCCGUUGGAGCAAGUCCUACUUCCGGGAAUGGCUGUACAAUUCUAUGUGGUUCCACAAGCAUCAUCUGUGGAUGACCUACGAAGCUGUGAUUACCGGUUUCUUUCCUUUCUUCUUAAUUGCAACAGUCAUCCAGCUGUUCUACCGGGGACGUAUAUGGAAUAUUCUACUCUUCCUGUUGACCGUGCAGUUUGUUGGCCUUAUCAAGUCUUCCUUUGCCAGUGCACUCCGGGGGAAUAUAGUAAUGGUUUUCAUGUCUCUUUACUCGGUCUUGUACAUGUCCAGUUUACUACCAGCAAAGAUGUUUGCUAUCGCCACCAUCAACAAGGCCGGGUGGGGCACUUCAGGUAGAAAAACUGUUGUCGUCAACUUUAUAGGGUUGAUUCCUAUAACCGUAUGGUUUACAAUCCUCUCGGGUGGAGUCUUCUACACUAUAUGGAAGGAAACAAGAAAGCCAUUUGCAGAAUCUGAACAGACGGUUCUCAUCAUUGGUGCAAUACUUUACGCGUGCUACUGGGUGAUGUUGUUGACUUUAUACGUGUCUAUGAUUACAAAGUGUGGCAAGCGGAAGAAAGAACAGCAAUAUGACAUGGUACUUGACGUAUGAUGAUCACUUACCUACAAAGUGUGCAAACCUAUCAGACAUUCUGAAAUAAAAAAAGCCUUAAGAGACUUAGAAUUCUUAGAAGUAUUAUGGACAUAAAGUCAUGUCUUGAAGGAAAAUGCAACACUGCUGCUGGGACUUACACAAACACUAUUUGUGACUUGUUGUCAUGCAUCCAAAGCAAAAAAAUAGAAAACGUUCGAGAAAAUGAACACAACUUUAUACUAGGCCUCGCCUUGUUUUGGCGAAGCCAUUUUAUUAUGCACUUUUUUUCGAUUGUGCAUAUGCCUGACAGUGUUAUGUUCUGUAUACCUCACUGGUCAUGCUUAUGUCGUGGUGAACAAAGCCUUCUGAAAUAUUUUUAGGCCUACAGGAUCUUUUCUAAAUGUGUAUUUUUCCUCUGGAAAAGUUCCUUGAAAGUGGGCCAAUAGGCUCUAGCAAUAAAGGACAACAUUAUUUAUAAACUUUGUUUUUUAAAGUUCUUUUUUAAAUUUUAUUUUAUUUUUUAUUUUCUUAGUUUUUUUGGUUUCACGGAUGGCCUCGUGGCCAUCAGUUUAUAAAUGUCAGACGUGCUUUAAGUACAAGCACGGUGGAAUGCUGUAUUUUUAUAUUAUUGAAUUAAUUAUGUUUUUUAUUUGUAUGCCAAUGUUUAAAAAAAAUGCAUAUUUUAUAUUUUACUUAUCUGAUAAAUAAUUUGGUUCUCUAUUCUUUUUAAAAUGUGUUUUAAAUUUUUUUAUUUUAACUGAUACUGGUCAAAAUGUGAAGCUUUAUAACAGUUCAUAUUGUUCACCAACAAAUGAAUAAAAUAAU